CCAUCACUAGUGAAAAAAGUGAAGAAAAAAAACUUCUAUCAGAAUUCUUUUUUUUUUGUUACCAUAAAUCGCGAAAAAUAAGAUCAUUUAUUCGUUUUAAGUAGGAUUGAAUCGCCUGCCUAGGGCUAAGAAAGAAACGGAGGCAAUUUGACAAAGACUCUGACAUACAUUUACAUUUUCAAUUUUUAUUAAUUCAGGAUAAUAAUUUCUUGGAUUUUCAGCUGUGUUUUUGUAUAAUUCCAUCUGUCCACAAGCUAGUCGCCAAGUAUACAUAUUUGGUGUUUAAUUGAUUAACUAUUGUAUAAUUUGUUUUGUAUUUUAAUUAUAUUUGUAUAUUACUAACCGCACACACAUACACCCACACACACAUACCACCCCAUACAUACUUACAAUACACCUACACCAUAUACUCUCGUACAUAUAACAAUGAUCAAUAUUCAGACUAUAGAAAAUGUGUCAGACUGCACUCCGCUGUAUCUGCCUCACAGCCUAUAUCUUAAGCCAUUGGCUAAAAUGCAAAUCUCCGUUGCAUUGCCGACAAUUAAGUCUGGCAAAUCUGUUUCAAAUCUGGAAAUCAUGGAGAAACUAAGCGCCGAGCUUAAACCGGAUAAGUUUCUGAUGCUAAAAGUCACCAAAAAUACUGUCAAUUACGUCCGAUUUGAGGCUGAAUUGGACGAACGAAAGCGUCUACGUUUGGCCGUCGAUCGUUUGGAUGGUGUCUCAUUGCGAUUAGCCAGCUUCAAGGAAGCAUUUCGAGUACGUUGCACUGAAUUGAAAGAUGAAUUUCCCACGCGUCACAUGUGGGAUUCAUAUUUUCGUGAUGCUCGUAAUAUGGAUGAAAUGAAAGCGGGCGAACGUCCAGACACCAUUCACAUCACGCAUUUACCUAUGCGUUGGUUUUGUCCACGGCAUUCGGAGCAUGAUGACCAGGCCAAACCCAGCGAAAGCAUUUUCAAGCGCAUUUUUGAAAAAUUUGGGCGUGUCAGGGUCGUGGAUAUACCCAUCUGUGAUCCCUAUCGGAAAAGUAUGCCAUCAGAUAUAAAUGGAAUGCGAACAUUUAGUUUCGAACAGGAUGUGCUUUUCGAGGCGUAUAUCCAAUUCGAAGAGUAUUCGAGUUUUGUUCGUGCUAUGGAUGAGUUUCGUGGUACGAAACUUGUUCGCAAAUUUGUGGACAAAACUCAGGCUAUUAACAUAUCAGUGACGUUCGAUAAACUGAAACAUCUAAGCGAAUCUCAUAUACAACGUCGCGAACGUGUACGGAAGCGAUGUAUAGCCAAAGCCCAGGCAGAGGAGGAAGAACUUGAACGGGGCAAGAAGGAACAAGCCGAUGAAUUGGAGCGCGAGAGGAAAAAACAAGAUGAUUUAAAAUUAGCCGAAAUGGAAAAACAACGCGAACGCGAGGAAAAGCGUAAGGAAAAGCAUUUAAAAAAAAUCCAAGAGCGUGGACAUGCCGAAAUCUCACAAAAGAUCCGCCUAGAAGAACGUAAAUUGAUGAUAGCCCAACGCAAAUUGGAAAGUAUACGUACGCUAGAAAAACUGUUUGAUCGCAUACAGCUUAAGCAAGCAGAGAAGAAGGCACGUCCCAUACGUCAUGUGGAUCCUAAGGAUGUUCAACGUGGUCGAUUGGUGGAGAAAUAUAAGGUGGCCACUGAAAAGCUGGUAUCCGAACAACGUAAAAUCGUCCAAGAUAUCAAGAGUAGUACCCACCUGAUGGGUCUAUUGAAGAGCAAAUCGAAAAAGUCAACGACCCAAGCGGCCAGUAGCGAUGAAGACGAUGCAAUGACCAGCAAGAAGCAACACACUGUGGGAAAUGGCAUCAUCGAUACGAGCUCGAUGAAAAAUCCAUCCAGCGAAGCAAACUCAUUAACACAUGCUGCCAGUGGAUUGAAUCCAUUCAAAGCUGUGGCCGCCAUGGCUGCUGGAGCUGUGGCGCCUGGUGCCACGCCCUAUAGUGCUGAAGCUGCCAGUGAAUGGAUGCAAUCCUUGUCCAUGUUUGGAUAUGGCUUGCCGGGUGUAUUUCCUGGUGCUGCCGCCCUCUAUCGUCCUCCAGCUCCGUUUCCUGUGUCUAGCAAUUAUCGCGGCUUUGCGCCACGUCCACGAGGACGAGGUCGUGGCCGCGGACGUGGUCGUUAUGAUGGACAUUCGUCCAGCUACUAUAAUCCCAAGCAUUACGAUGACGAGACCGGAGAUGAUGGCUAUUACCACAAAUCCUCACGUGGCCGAAAUCGAUCACGAUCUCGGUCCAACUCUUCCUACUCCCGUAGUCGUAGUCGGUCACGAGGUCGUCGUCUUAUAUGCCGUUCCAGACGAUCUCAAUCGCGCAGCCGCAGUCGUUCCCAUUACCGCAAGUCUUCCUAUUCAUCCCGCUCAAGCAGAAGAAGCCGAAGCCGAUCUCAUUCACGCAGUCGCAGCAAAAGUUCUGGUCAGCGUAAAAAUCGCAAACUGGCUUCCACACGUCGUUCACGUUCGAUUAGCUAUUCGCGUUCCCGAUCCCGAUCGCGUAGCCGAUCUCGGUCUCACUCUCACUCGCAGACGCGUCGUCAUUCCAGCUCACGUCGUCAGGAGAAAAGUCGGCAUCGCAGCAAAAGCAAUUCAAGCAAACGUGUCGUUCUUGAAGCGGACAAACUGGUGGCUUCAGCUGAGAAAAUUCAACGAACCAUCGAACAGCACACCAAGGAUCGAAUGCGUGAAGAGGAGCGUGAAAUCAAGCAGACCUUCCGUAAUCGCCACAAUAGUGGUAAUCAUCAUGUGGAUUCCAAGAUGGCUGCUUCUCAUGAAGCUGAUAACGACGAUGAUAAAAAUAAGGAAAAGAAUAAGAAUAGAAAUGGCAGUAGUAGACACAGCAGCCGACGCAAUUCUUUGGCUGCUUAGUAUAAUUGAUUGUUAAUAGUUAAGCUAUGUUAAGAGUUCCAAAUAUAAAUUUUAUGCAUAUACAUGCAUAUAUAUA